GCCCGGCGCAAAGAGGUUUUUAUCCAGGAGCGAUAUGGAAGAUUUAAUCUGAGUGACCCAUUUCUGGCUCUUCAGAGAGACUUUGAGGCAGGUGCUGGUGAUAAAGAAAAGAAGCCAAUAUGCAUGAACCCGCUGUCCAUUUUAGAAGCUGUUAUGGCUCACUGCAGGAAAAUGCAAGAAAGAAUGUCUGCUCAAUUGGCUGCUGCUGAAAACAGACAAAAGAAGUUGGAGAUGGAAAAAUCUCAGUUACAGAAUCUUGAGCUGGAGCACAAAAAGCUAUCUGCUCGUCUUGAAGAAGAACGUGGAAAGAAUAAGCAUGUAGUAUUGAUUUGUAAGCAGUUGUCUGGCCGAAUUGUAGAGGAAGCCCAGAAACUGGAAGAAGUGAUGUCAAAAUUUGAAGAGGAAAAGAAAAAGGCCGCUGAAUUGGAGGAGUCUCUUGCAGCUGAGAAACAAAGGAGUACACAAAUGGAAGCUCAAAUGGAAAAGCAGCUGUCUGAGUUUGACACAGAGAGAGAGCAGUUGCGUGCCAAACUCCAUAGAGAGGAAGCGCAUACCAAUGACCUCAGAGAAGAGAGAGAUAAGAUGAUCAAAAUGAUUGAGCAAUUAAAGAAGGAGAAUGAAAGUAAAGCUAAUCUUUCUCUUAAAAAUAAAGAUAAAAAUAAAGAUAGGAAUCUUGUUUCUGUUUCUGUUGAAACAGAAGAGCCAAGUUCAAGAACUGUUGCCUGCCAAACAGAUACUGUAGUGAUGGAGGGUAGCACAGAAAAUGUGAAGAAGUUGCCUUUGACUGUAUCUGUAAAGCCUUCUGCAGUGAACCCUCUAGCAUCUGGCAAUACAAAAAUGAAUGUGUGCACCAAUGCAGCAUUUGUGAAGCCUGUCAUUGAUCGGCAGUCUUCAUCCAGUGAACUUGUCCCUCCCACAACUCCUGCUCCGACACAGAAUCAAAACAGAAUUGAGGAAAAUGGACCAAGUACAGGCUCAUCACCUGAUUUACCAAGUAGCACUUCCCCUUUUUCAAACAGCAGUUCCCUUUGCACGCCUGCAGCACCGAGUGCCGCAGCUCAGAAUCCUUCGCUCACCUCGUCUAUGCACAGUCUGCAUUCACCAUCUGCCAACACUGCUGGGCAUCCGGGCCUAAAUCCACGAAUCCAAGCAGCUAGAUUUAGGUUUCAAGCGAAUGCGAAUGAUCAAGACCAAAACGGGAACACAACCCAAAGCCCUCCCUCAAGGGACGUGUCCCCUACUAGUCGUGACAACCUGGUUGCCAAACAGGUAGCUCGGAAUACCGUUACCCAGGUCCUGUCGAGAUUUACAAGCCCUCAGGGCGGCACUCCAUCGCGGCCGGGGACGUCACAUUCGGUGGAUGUUGGCACUUACCCCCCAGUUGGUAAAAUGAGUUUAAAGACUCCCAGUGUAUCGAGAAUUGACAGAGGAAAUCCGCCACCUAUUCCUCCUAAAAAACCAGGGCUUUCACAAACUCCUUCUCCACCACACCCACAGCUUAAAAUUUUAAUGGAUAGUGGUCGAUCCCCAAAUACAAGUGCAAAAACUGACAGCAAAACCGUGACCUCACCUCUUUCAAGUUCACCACAAGGAAUCAGGGUAAUAAAUGAGGAAAUUAUUUCUAAGUCCUCACCUCAGCUGCCACCAAAACCUGCUAUAGAUUUAUCUGUGGCACCUGCAGGCUGUGCCAUACCAGCCAUAGCCUCAUCUCAGGUGGGUGCCUGGCCUUCCCACUUCCCUGGACUGAACCAACCUGCAUGUUCAGAAAAUUCCUUUGUCAUUCCCACCACCAUUGCCUGUAGCUCCUCCAUAAACCCUGUUAGUGCUUCAUCCUGUAGACCAUGUGAUUCAGACAGCCUCCUGGUAACAGCAUCAGGCUGGUCUUCCUCCCUAACCCCUUUGUUAACAAGUGGUGGUCCUGUCCCCCUGGGUGGCAGGCCCACUCUUCUUCACCAAGCUGCUGCCCAGGGAAAUGUCACUUUAUUAUCAAUGCUGCUUAAUGAAGAAGGACUGGACAUUAAUUACUCUUGUGAAGAUGGCUAUUCUGCCUUGUAUUCUGCUGCUACGAAUGGACAUACAGACUGUGUGAGAUUGCUGCUGUCUGCAGAAGCACAGGUUGAUGCUGCUGAUAAAAACGGCUUUACACCCUUGUGUUCAGCGGUCGCUCAGGGACAUACCAAGUGUGCAGAAUUACUGAUCACCUGUCGGGCUGACGUUAACCACGCUGCUGAGAGGGGACAGACGCCUUUGUACCUGGCCUGUAAAAACGGACGGAAUGGUUGUGUUAAGCUACUCUUGGAAGGUGGAGCGGAUCGAACAGCGAAAACCAGUGAUGGCUGGUCACCGAUUCACGCAGCAGUGGAUUCUGGUCAUGUCGACAGCCUCAAGCUCCUUAUGUACUACAGAGGGCCAAACAGUGGGAACUCUCUGACGGACACAGAGCCUCAUUUAGCCUACUUGGAUCUGGAGAAGGGAGAAGACAACUGCAGCAGUAGAGUAAAGCCUGUUAUUUCUGCAGACCUCAUCAACCAGGCUGACAAAGAGGGCUGGACUGCUGCCCAUAUAGCAGCAUCUAAAGGCUUUAAGAACUGUCUAGAAAUCCUUUGUAGCCAUGGUGGACUAGAGGCUGAGAGAAAAGAUACGUGUAAUCGAACAUUGCAUGAUGUUGCUACUGAUGAUUGCAAACAUCUCCUAGAAAACUUAAAUGCUCUUAAUGUACCCGUAAGGAUUUCAGUCAGUGGCACUGAACCAGCCCACUGUGGCACAGAGGAAUUUGAUACAGAAAACACAAUAUGUGCUUUAAAUAUCCGCAAACAGACAUCCUGGGAGGAUUUUUCAAAGGCAGUGAGUCAGGCAGUGACAAACCAUUUCCAGGCAAUCACUUCUGAUGGAUGGAGGAGCCUAGAAGACCUGUCGUUCAGUAGCGCCGCAGAAUCCAGCAUUGGCCUCGGUGCAAGCAGUAUAUUGUCUGUCAAACUAGGAAACAUUUCGUGGUCGACAGGUCAGAUUUUUUCCCAACCACCAUGGGACUUUUUGAAGAAGAACAGAGCUGAGCAUAUCACCGUGUUUUUGUUUGGACCUCAAGAAGGCUGCCUAAACAGCGUGACUUACGCAUCGAUGAUCCAUCUUCAGACUCUCCAGAAUUACCUCCGCCUGGUUGAACAAUACCGUAAUGUCAUUUUCCACGGUCCAGAAGGAAGUUUGCAGGACUACAUAGCGUAUCAGAUAGCAGCCUGCAUGAAGCAAAAGCAAGUGGCUGCAGGAUCCACCUGCGAAAUCGUUAGAGUUGAGGUGGAUGCUGGUUUCUCCAAGGAGCAGCUUGCAGAACUGUUCAUCAGCAGUGCUUGUCUGGUCCCAGUUAAACAGCCUCCUGCAAACAAGACAACCAUUGUGAUUCUGGAAAAUCUGGAGAGAGCUUCUUUAGCUGAAUUACUGGGAGAUUUUCUGGCACCUCUUGAGAAUCGGAGCUCGGAAAAUCCCUGCACUAUUCAAAGAGCAAAUGGAGUUUCCGGUGCCUUUUACUUUCACGAGAACUGCUUUUUACUGGGGACAAUCGCAAAGUGUCAUCUCCAUGGCUCUGACCUGCUGGUUCAGCCGCACUUCCGUUGGGUUCAGCUCCGGUGGGAUGGGGAACCGAUGCGUGGCUUGCUUCGGAGGUUUUUAAGAAGAAAAGUUAUAAACAAGUUCAGAGGCAAAGUACCUCCUCCGUGUGAUCCGGUGUGCAAGAUCAUAGACUGGAUUCUUGCGGUUUGGCACCAGCUGAACUCUUGCUUAUCGCGCCUAGGAGCACCCGAAGCACUUCUGGGGCCAAAACACUUCUUCUCUUGUCCCGUGGUGCCAGGGCACAGCCAAGUGACAGUGAAGUGGAUGUCCAAGUUGUGGAAUGCCGUGAUAGCUCCCAGAGUCCAAGAAGCAAUACUCUCCAGAGCCUCUGUGAAAAGACCAUCUGUACCAGGACAAGCAGUAGCCAAAAAAAAUCCUAGCCAAGGUCAACAGGCUGUUGUUAAAGCUGCUCUCAGUAUCUUGCUAAAUAAAGCUGUUUUGCAUGGCUGUCCUCUACCCAGAACAGAGCUAGAUAAUUAUAUAGCAGAUUUUAAGGGAGGAAACUUUCCUUUAUCCAUGGUUUCGAGCUACAAAAACUGUAGUAAGAAAAGAGGUGAGAACGCUUCUUGGAGAAAAGUGAGCACAAGUCCUCGCAAAAAGUCAGGCCAUCCAUCCUCCCCGUCAUGGAAUAAGCAGGAGAUAAAUACUGAAGGUAUAAAAUCAAAGACUAUGUUGCAACCAAGCUCUAAGAAAAGAGCUUCUCUCGCCACAAAAUCUUCAGAGAAGGAUCAAUCGAGAACACUGAAUCUGGAGCAAAGGCUGUCCCUUGGUUCUGACGAUGAAGUAGAUCUUGUGCAGGAACUUCAAAGUAUGUGUUCCAGCAAAUCCGAGCCUGACAUAAGCAAGUUUGCAGGUUCUAAGGAUGAGCUACUGAUGUUCAGUAACUCGCAGAACAGUCCUGUAUUUUCAGCAAGUGGUACUAAGCCAAGUAAAACAACAGCACAAAAGGAUGGAAUGCGUCCUCUCAGCAGCAGUCGAACUGUGGAAAGCAGCAACAGUAAAUCAAAGACAGAGUUGGGUGUUUCAAGAGUUAAAUCUCUUCUUCCUGUUCCUAGAAGUAAAGCCACUCAACCUACUCAGAAUACUAAAAAAAGCAGCAGCAGUAAUACAAGGCAAAUAGAGGCAGAUAAUAACACAAAAAGAGAGAUUCGGAAUUUGCACAACAAAGAACAAAUAGAAAAAUCGAACAAAUAAACCUGCCUACCAUACAAUUUUCUGUGUUCAUAUAAUCUCUAUUGCAAAGAACUAAGUACUCAAAUAUGUAAAUAUUUUUUAAAAAUAAACUGUUUCCCUGUAAUGUAAAGUUUGUACAGGACCACAGUUUUAUUUCUAUGUAAAUCAGCUGGAAAUUAUAUUGGUUUAAACUUCAGAAACGGGCAGUUGUGCCACCUUCAUAGAUGGGGGUUUUUUCUUCUUUUCCCAUGAAAAUUACUCGUUUAAAUGCUAAUAUUCAGGGGUAUUACCACAGGAUUCUCGUCGUGUAUAUACUGUACAUAAAUAUAUUAAGUUGACGUGUUUAAACUGCAUUCAGAUGAGUUGCACAAUAUGUACAGCAGUGGCUUAAAGCCACUGUACAUGCAUUUUAAAGACAUGUUUUUAUCUUCACAAUGACAAAUGAAUGGAAUGUGGCAAUAACUCUAAUGAUUGGAAAUGCAGAUCAAUUACUUUAAGCUACAAGCCAUAUUAAACACUUUGAUUUCCCCA